AAGUGAAAAGGAUAAGCACGCCAUGGAACUUGAUGAAAACCGUUCUGCUUCUUCAGGAAAGGAGGGUUUUGUUCAAGAACGAAGCCCUGGUUCGUGAUACCAGAAGAAUUCCGUAACAGAGGUAGCAGAAGAAGAAGAGUGGGAAAGAAAACGAAGAGGAAUUGAGAGUGAAGAAGAGAAUAAUAACGGAGAAGAUUGGAGGUACUUAUACUCUGCUUUUAAGCUGUCAAUCAACUGUUUGUGAACUAUCGACAGCUCUCUUUCUUUUUUGCACUGAGGAACUAGGUUAAUCCUUGAUUUCCAACCGAAGAGAAAUCAGCUAAACAUACAGGCGUGUUACAAACGCUAACGCGUUGUUCGUAUAUCGGCCAAAUAGUACGGCUCCUUAGUAUCAGUUCACUAGGUAUUGUCUGCUGGGGUAACUCUUUUUCGUUUUUCUUAUGACGAUUUAUGUUUGAUCAGCUUCCCUUGUAUUGGCCGGUUAUAGUUUCUAAGUUCUUAUAGUAGCCCCUGUUUGUUUCGUUGGACAUUUUGUUCGGGAGUUUUUUGUUUUCGUCGUUUAGAGGAGGAUAACAAAUUGCUGGUACGUAUAUACUUUGGGCUUUUUUCCCUGUUUAGUUUCCUUAUAUUCUAUUUAUACGUCGAGGUGGUAGAAAUGGCUGGUGUUAACGAAAUCACAGCAUAUGACUUCAUACAAGGAAGCAGUGUUGCUUGUUAGUUAUGAGGUCAACUGGCUGUUCUUCAUGGAGAGAGCUUGACCAGUUAUCCAAAAGAAAGGAGUGUCAAAUUACUUCUACCUCAUCAGAAUCUGUUUGUUCCUCUACUUCCAGGGAUUCCUUCUCCAGAUAUUAGAUUGAAAGGUAACAUCCUGCCUUUACACCUUGAUUUUGAGAUUUAUGGCUCACAUAUUUUAAUAUUUAUUGAUUCAAACUCAUUGCUGAAGAAUUCUGUCUGGAACAAGUUUAGGGAACUAAAAAAAAUGGGUGUGGAAGGGGGCAUUCCGAGAAUCGAACUCGGGACCUCUCGCACCCAAAGCGAGAAUCAUACCACUAGACCAAAUGCCCUGUUAUAAUCUGAAACAUGGUCUUGCGAUAAUUAUUACCAUACGUUUUUUGUUUAUUUAAAACAUUUUAUUUCAGAAUAAAUAAAUCCUAUGCUGUAGGUGGCAGUUUUUUGUAUCAUAUUUUGGGAGGUGGAACUGAGCAACAGGAAUAUAUAAUUGGCUGUUUGGAUGUUUGCUUGUAGAUGUUAGUGACUUUUGGGUACCACCCUGUAAAAGUUGAAGGUCUAGAAUCUUAAAUUUUCUUCUGAUUUCAAAAUUAAAAAAUUACAUACAAAUAUAAUUGCAUUUACAAUGUUUAACAAACAUUAAAAGUCAAUUUCAACGAGCAUUUGAACUUGCUGCCAAAAUGGAUGCUGACAUAUGGUAUUCCAUCUUGUUCAUUGUCCAUGAGCAAUAUUCUUCAGACAAAUUUGGUUCUCCUGAUGAAAAUUUGAUUUCAAGUUAUGGUCCUAACUUUCCACCUUGAUUUCAAAAUUGUGUACUAUGAUAUAUUGGCUUCAAUUCAUUACCGGAGAGUCUUGACCAAAGAAAGGUUUCUGGAUUGAUCUAGUAAUUGUUUAUUAUGGUGUUGACUUUUUGUUCUGACUGCUCAUAAGGACCUAAAAAAAUGUGCAAAGUAAAAAGGGAGGAUGGGAGAAAGUAGGGGCAUUCCGAGAAUAGAUUGAGACUUCUUGCUCCCUAACUGAGGAUGUUACCACUAAACCACUGCCCUGUUACUGAUGGUUAACAUGUUCCAGUUGUAAUCACUAUAUCAUGCAGAUGAUUCUGUUAAUCUAAAAAAGAAUUUCUUGCCAUGAUGCUGGUGCAGUUCUUGGCAUCAUAGUUUUGGGAGGUAGGAACUGUCAACCUCAAAAUGCAAUUAGAGGCUUGGAUAUUUCCUUAUAAAGAUCAGAAACUUUUGCAUGCAAGGCUGUACAAGUUGAAGGAAGAAAUUUUGAAUUUUCCACCAACCUCUGGUCACCAGAUGAGGUAAAAGUAUUGCAUUUUCAAGGUUUAAAAAAGUCAAAGCCAAUUGUAAUAGCAUAUUAACUUCUAUUUCAAAAAAAUAUUAAUAAUAGCAUAUGAACUUCCCCUUGAAAUAUAUGUUUCUCUGUAAGAUGUUCAGAGUUCAAAUAUGAUUAUAACUUUCCACUUUGAUUUGAAAUCUUUUGUAUCAUGUUUAUGAUUCUUGAUUUUAGCAUCGGCGAAAAGGUCAUCCUGGUGUUGACUGUUAGUCUGACUGCUCAAAGGGACCUAAAAAAGCAGUCUGUGGGAAAAAGAGUGUCAGGGGAAGGGGUAGGGGGCAUUCCGAGAAUUGAACUCGGGACCUCUAGCACCCAAAGCGAGAAUCAUACCACUAGACCAAAUGCCCUGUUAUUGAUGUCUAAAUAUUAUCAUAUACUUCUGUUAAUUUAAAACUUAAUCUUUAUAUCUCUACAGAAUUCAAAAUUUUCUUUUAUUAAUAAUAGGGUGUUUAUUUUGCUGUCUUUGGCGCCUUGGAAGGGUGGGAAUCCCCAACCAUCUCCUUCUUUGGUGCUUGGAGGCUACAAGAUUAUGGGAUUCUGCUUUGAACUUUCUGAAUCUUUCGUGACUCUUUCCAGCUUGUUUGACUAGAUUUGGGCAUUGGGGGAUCAAAGUUUGUAACUCUAAAAUGAUAUUUUCCUUUUGACUAUUUUUUGGAUCAUUUAAAAAGAGAAAAACAAAUGAGUUUUCCAGGGCAUUUGCUCUCUUUUUUAGAUGAGUGAUGCUUGGUUCCAUUUCCUAAGUGUUUUUUUUAUAGGGAAUUUGAUUACUUAUGAUAGUUACCUAUAAAACCUUAUUUCUGACCUUUUUCUAAGUUCAUGGAAGACAUUUCCUUGGUGCCUGUUAAAAAUCCUUUUUUUUCUUAAAGAAAAUAGGCAGCUUUUACUUUUUUCCUUUUUACUUUUGAGGAUAGGUUAUGUUUGUACCUUUUCCUCAUUUCUAAUAAAUUAAUAACAUUUCUUCUUUCAUUGUAUGUAUAAAAAUUUUUUGCCUGUGCCUUUCCCUCUUUUAAUUGCAAGAACCUGUUUUCUUCUGGAACUGAUUUUUUCCUACAUAAUAAGACUAUCGGAUUUGAAAUUUGUGGCAGAUAUCUUCUAUUAUAUGAUUCAUAUUCAAAUUCAUUGCGGAAGAAUCUUGUCAGGAAAAUGUGUUUCUUGAUUUAUUAAGAUAUUUUAUUUUGUGUAAGGGGCGUUGCAAGAAUUGACUCAGGACCUCUCACACCCUAAGCGAGAAUUAUACGACUAGACCUAGUGCCCUGUUAUUGCUACUCGUACUGUUUUCAGUGUCCUAGUUGUGAUGGGUGCUAUAUAAGAAGUUACAAAACAGAAUUUGAGGUUGAACAUUUUGUGAGAGGAAGCAUAGUCUUUUUAAAUGUGAUGCCAUCUAAUACUUUCUCCAUAUUCUUCUGUUUAUUUAAAAACAACAUAUUUUUAAGGGAUCAGGAAUUGCUACACUAGGCAGCUUUUGGUGUCAGUUUGGUAAGAGAGAAACAUAGUUUGCUGUUUGGAUUUAUUUCCCAAAAAAAAAUAUAUAUUUGCUGUUUGGACAUUUUUUAGAGAGGUCAGAAACUUUUGCUUGUGAGACAAUACAAUUGAAUUAUGGGGUUUUCUACUGACCUCAAACUACAAAAUGCUUCCUAAAAAAAUUCAAAUUUGGUUAGAAUGAGAAAUUGUUCACCAAAUUUACAUUGACAGUUCCUCCAUCUUGUUCAUUUGUUAUGAUCUGUUUUCUUCAGAGGCGUAUUUCUUUCUUCACAUGGAAAUUAAAUUUCAGGUAUGAUUCCUCCUUGAUUUCGGAACUUUUGGAAUAUUUUUUUUAUUUAUAGAUGCCAGUUCGCUGCUGAGGAAUCUUGUCAGAAAAGAAAAUUUUCUGCAUUCAUAAAUAGAUUAUGCUUGUUUGGUUGACUUUAGGUGAGAAUGCCUAUUGGAUUUGGGACAAAAAGGUAAGGGGGGCAUUCCGAGAAUCGAACUCGGGACCUCUCGCACCCAAAGCGAGAAUCAUGCCACUAGACCAAAUGCCCAACUUGUGAUUAUUAGUGAAAUUAUCACAAGAGGAUUAUUAUUUUCUGAUCUGAUGAGCGAGUGGGUGUAUACAUGUGUUACACAAUUAAGAUCUAUGUCUGUUAAUUUAAAACAUAUUAUGUGUAAAAAUGUAAUACUCUUGCUUAUAACUGGUUGGUGUUCUUGGUGUCAUAGUUUUUGUGGGUGGGAACAGACAAAACUCUCAAGUGCAAAUAUACAGUUGGAAGUUUGGAUAUUCUCUGAGAAAGGUGGGAGCAGACAAAACUUUCAAGUGUAAAUACAGUUGGAAGUUUGGACAUUUCCUGAGAAAGGUCAGAAACUUUUUCACGGGAAACUCUGCAAAUUGAAGGACAAAAUGUUGUGGUGUCCAAAAAUGGGUAGAUGAUUAAAGCAUACAUUCAAAUCUCAUGCUGAUCUAUGAUUCUUUUCUUUAUAAAAAUUUAAAACCAGCUGAAACUAGUACUUAUACUUUCCAUCAAAUUUUUCCUUGAUACUAUGUCUUUCCCUCUUGUUAAUUUGCAAUGACCAGUUUUCUCAUGGGCAGAUUUUAUUAAAAGGAAAAUUCCUCAGACAACUAUUUUCCAACUUGGUUUGGAGAAUUUGGGAGUCUUUCAUGAUUUAUUUGUGGAAUUCAUUGCUGAAGAAUCUUGCCUGAGGAAAAAAAUAUUUCUUGAUUCAUUAAGAAGUUUUAAGAUUUGGUGUUAAACUUAAGGUCUGAUUGCUGAAAUAUUAGCUCUGAUAUGGGGGCAAAAAUAUUUUAAGUAAUGAUGAGAUAAGGGGGCAUUCCGAGAAUUGAACUCGGGACCUCUCGCACCCUAAGCGAGAAUCAUACCACUAGACCAAAUGCCCUGUUGUCUGUAAAUGCUGUUCAUUCUUAUAGUUGUAUGUUUUCAUUCAUAAAGAAAUUGAAUUUCUUGGUAAGGGCAUUCCGAGAAUUGAACUCGGACCUCUUGCACCCUUAGCAAGAAUCAUACCGCUAGACCAAAUGUCAUGUUUUUCAUAGACACUGUUUGUGCCUUUUCAGAUUCCAUAGUUGAAUUCUUUUAUUCAUGAAGAAAUUGUAUUCCAAAUGCUUUGUUGUUCGUAUAUGCCAUUCAUGUUUUUUUUUUCAUGCCGUUGUAUUUUUUUUUUAAUUUAAUGAAAAAGUUGUAUUUUUUGAUAGGGGCAUUCAAUAAUUGAACUCAGCACUUCUUGAACUCUAAGCAAGAAUCAUACCCCAGACCAAAUGUCCUUUUUCUCUGUUGAAAUUUUUACAUCUAAAAACUUGGUACUAUAUUAGAGGUUUCAACAUUUUCUGAGAUGAUUUCAGGAUUUUCUACUGACUUAUAGUUUCCAGUUGAGGUAAGAUUAUAAUUGCACAUUCAACUUUUAGAAAAUGAUAAUAAUUGCACAUUCAAGUAUGGUACUAUCUUUCCUCUUUUCUCAUAACUUUUGUAGUACUUCUUGGAGAUUUACUCAUUCCAAUUCAUUGAUGAAGAAUAGUUUGAGAAAAGAAGAAAAAAAAGGUAUGUCAUUUGCCAAGUCAUAGUGUAAUAAAUGCUUGAAUCAAAAGGCAGAAUCAUACCACUAGACCAAAUAAGCAAUUUGAGGUUUUGUCUUUCUGUAAAAACUUCUAUUAUUUAUUCUUUGAAUUAAAUUUCUUUUUCUUUCUGGCUCUUGUGAUUGGGUGCUUUGAUCUUACCUGGUUCGGAUGAUUUAUGCAAAACUUAAAUUGACAAUAGAAUUUUAAGAAUUAAUGUCUUUGUUGUAAGAACUUACAAUAUUACAUUUAAAAUACUGAUUGCAUGCUAUUUAUAUUGAGCUUUGAUGAUUUGAAAUGUACUUUCACCAUGAAAAUUUCUUCUGCUCAAUAACAGGUAAACUGAAAUGGCCUUUUGAGUUUCUUUUCCCCAAGUUGGCAGCCUUCUUCCAUUAACAACCUUUUUAUGGGAUCAUGGCCAUAAUGCCAACCAAAUUGAACUGUUAUAUAUGAUAGAUAUGAAGGAUAUAAUUAUAAGGAAAAAGUUAAAAAGUGGUUGUUAACACACACACAUACAUACAUGUACAUGCACACAUAAUCAUGACAUGGUAUGGAUGAAAUGGAAUUUGCUUUAAAUCCGGAGAAAAUGAUGAUGAAAAGGAUAUGGCGCAACCUCCAUCUCUCUCUCUCUCUCUCUCUCUCUCUCUCUCUCUCUCUCUCUCUCUCUAUGUAUAUAUAUAUAUAUGAUCUGAUUUAUUUCAUGAAUUACCCGCAAUUUCCUGGAACUCCUCUAUUUUCUCCCCACUCAAACCUUCAUCAUCUCCUUUCCUUUCUUUUUUUAGACUUUAAUUAUAAAUACACAAAAUCCUGAGAGAAAAGGAUCAAUUUUUUAGUGGGUAAAAUCAGAAAAGAAAUUAACAGAGGACAAAACAAAUUUUUUUUUUUUUUUUUCUUUUGGGUGGGGCUUGCCACCGAACGAGCUGGCCUUCCUUGUCCUAAACUAGGGUUUGGGGAGGAAGAAGCCGCCAUGGCCACCUUUGCAGGAACUCAACAAAAAUGUACGGCUUGCACCAAGACGGUUUACUUGGUUGAUAAAUUAGCAGCCAAUAACAGGAUUUAUCAUAAAGCCUGCUUCCGCUGCCACCAUUGCAAUGGUACCCUCAAGCUCAGCAACUUCAAUUCUUUCGAGGGAGUUCUCUACUGCAGGCCUCACUUUGAUCAACUUUUCAAGAGAACUGGCAGUUUGGAUAAGAGUUUCGAAGGCACACCGAAGAUUGUGAAACCUGAAAAGCAGGUUGAGAAGGAGAAUGCACAAAAGGUAUCUAACAUGUUCGCUGGCACUAGAGAUAAAUGUGUAUGCUGCGAGAAGACCGUCUACCCGAUUGAGAAGGUGUCGGUUAAUGGAGCUGCAUACCAUAAGAGCUGCUUCAAAUGCGCGCAUGGAGGAUGCACAAUCAGCCCAUCAAACUACAUUGCACACGAAGGAAUUCUGUACUGCAAGCACCACCACAUUCAGCUCUUCAAGGAGAAGGGAAACUACAGCCAGCUCGAGAUCACCGACGAUGAUAAAAUCACCCCUGACAAUAUGACUUCCCUACAAAUUGCAGCUGAAUCAUAAUAACAAUAACCCCAUAUAUGUGUAUGUAUGUAUGUAUGUGUGUAUGUACCUCCCUCCCCGUAAACUUGAACCCCAAAAGAAAGGAAAAAAGAAGGGAAAGAGACUAUAUAUACUGUGUUGUAUUGGCGGUUCAGUACUCUUCAAAUCUUUAUGUCAUCGCCGCAUCUGAUUACAGUUUCUUUAUGAUAAGAGGUAUAUAUAUGGUUUAUGUAUAAUCGGUGGUUGUUUC